AAAGAGUUAAAAAAGAAACAAAGUAUUCCUGAAAGAAUUGGUUGCAAAAUGUAAUUUGCAUUGAUGAUUCGAUCCGAAUCCGCACCCUCGGUGCUGUGUUACAGUAUUAUCAUUAAAUUAAAUUAAUCGAAUGACCGUUACAUUAGGAAACUUUUGAAUUCUGAAGCCACAUUCUUAAGAGUUGAGUUGAGUUGAGUUAUAAACUUGAUAUGGCAACGACAACACAAGAAUUCAUGCAACAACUCAGAUCCAAAGCAACAGAACUUUUCAUUCGAGAAGAAUGGAACGAUUCCAUCAAAACCUAUUCUCAAUUCAUCAAUCUCUGCACCCACCAUCUUUCUCUUCCUCACUCUUCCCCACUUCACCUCCAAAAGCUUCGCAAAUCCCUCUGUAUAUCCUUCUGCAAUCGCGCUGAAGCUAAAUCAAGAUUACGCGAUUUCAACUCCGCGUUACAAGAUUGCGAUCACGCUUUGCAAAUCGACGCAACCCAUUUCAAAACCCUUGUUUGCAAAGGUAAGGUUUUGCUCUCUCUUAAUAGAUACUCCAUGGCUCUUCAUUGCUUUAAAACCGCUCUUCUUGAUCCUCAAGCGAAUGGGAACUGUGAAUUCAUUGAUGGGUACUUUGAAAAAUGCAAAAAGUUUGAAUUUUUAUCCAGGACUGGGUCUUUGGAUCUUUCUGAUUGGGUUUUAAAUGGCUUUUCUGCAAAAGCUCCUGAACUUGCUGAGUUUAUUGGGGCUGUUGAGAUUAGAAAAUCUGAAAUAAGUGGGCGUGGAAUUUUUGUUACUAAGAAUAUUGAUGCAGGGUCUUUGAUUUUGGUCACUAAAGCAAUUGCAAUGGAGAGGAGUAUAUUAGCAGGUAAAGAUUUGAGUGAGGAUACCCAAUUAGUUAUGUGGAAGAAUUUUGUUGAUAAAGUUGUAGACUUUACUAGAAAAUGCCAUAAAACUAGGAAUUUGAUUUGUAAGUUGUCAAUUGGGGAAAAUGAGGAUUCACUUGAGGUGCCUGAUGUAGAUAUUUUUAGGCCUGAGAGUGUUGUGGAAGUGAAUUCAAGUGAGGAUAUUGAUGUUGAUAUUGAUAUUGAUAUGGUUAGGUUAUUGGCUAUAUUGGAUGUUAAUUCUCUCACUGAGGAUGCAGUUUCAGCCAAUGUUUUGAGGAAAAACCAUGAUUGUUAUGGUGUUGGACUAUGGUUGCUUCCCUCAUUCAUUAAUCACUCAUGUUGUCCUAAUGCAAGGCGCUUGCACGUUGGUGACUAUUUGAUAGUUCAUGCUUCAAGAGAUUUGAAGGCUGGUGAAGAGAUCACUUUUGCUUAUCUUGACCCUCUUUCUCCCUUGAACAAGCGAAAAGAGAUGUCUGUUACAUGGGGGAUUCAUUGCAAGUGUAAGAGGUGCAAGUUUGAGGGAGAAAUCUUGCUUUCCAAGCAAGAGGUGAAGGAGAUUGAGAUUGGUAUUGAAAGAGGGACGGAUGUAGGUGGAUUGGUGUAUAAACUUGAGGAAAUGAUGAAGAGAUGGAAGAUUAGGGGGAAAGAGAAGGGAUACUUGAGGGCUUCGUUUUGGUCAGUAUAUUCAGAGGCUUACGGUUCGGAGAGGUGUAUGAAAAGAUGGGGAAGGCGAAUUCCGGCAUUAGAUGCAGUGGCUGAUAGUAUCACAGAUGUAGUUGGAGGUGAUCUUAGGGUACUUAAGAUCUUAAUGGAAGAAUUGAAGAGAAAAGGUGGUGGCAAUAGUAGUGGACUCGUUGAGAUGGAGAAAGUUUUCACGUUAGCAAGAGAGGUUUAUGGGAAGGUAGUGAAAAAACAAGCAAUGAGGACAUUGCUUGAGCUUUGCAUUGCUGAUUGAUUGUUUGAUUUUCUUUUAUUUCCCUUCAUUUGAUGUCAUGUUUACUGACUGUAAGCAAGAGUUUGAUGCCAUGAUCAACUCAAAUUAUCAUGGUAACCAACAAUGCAGUGAAAUUCAAUUGUAUCAAUAGAUAUUCUCAAUUAAAAUAAAUUGUAUUCAGCUUCUCUUUAUGAGUUAAUUUCA